AUGGCUCCAUUGAUAUCCUUCAGCGCGCUACUCAGAGCAACUCGCCCAAGAGCGGGAAUAUUCAGCCGCCGGGGAGUGUCCACUUUCCGACAGCACCCUGCUAUUCGCACUCUGUCUCCGGGGCUUGUCGUCGGUGCUGGUGUGGCCCUUAUUGUCCCAACGUAUAUCUAUUACAACACCGCUCUUCUUGAGUCCCACACACACGUCGUUGACGCCGCGGUGCCAGACAAGCCGCAUGGUCUUGAGGCAGAACAGGGAAAAGUAAAGAAGAUCAGCAUCAAGGAUGUGCUGGAGCAUAAGGAGGGCGAGAGAAUAUGGGUAGUGAUCCGUGGAGAGGUCUACGACAUGACAGAGUUCCUGGAAGAUCAUCCGGGUGGAGACGAAAUCAUAACCUCAAAUCGCUCCAGAGACGUCACCCCAUUGUUCAACCCCCGCCACCCCACAAACCAACUGGAACCGGAGAACCUUCCUCCAACCGUCCAACAUCUCGGCACUCUGGAUACCGCUUCCGCCUCGGAUGAGGAGAAGGAAGAGCUGAGGCUGAAGGUGUCGAAGGAUGAAGAAGAUGAGAAAGAGAGGAUAAAGAGACUGAGAGAGGAGAUUGAAGAAAAUGGGCUUGGAAAGAUUGUCAACAUGAGAGACUUUGAGAAGCUGGCAGAGCAGAUGGUGUCCAAGGUUGGAUGGGCCUACUAUUCUUCAGGCAGUGAGGACGAACUCACUAUGCGCAAUAACAACAAUGUCUACAAGAACAUCUGUUUCCGACCCAGAGUCCUCAGGAAUAUCGCAGAGUGUGAUGCGUCCACAACCAUCUUGGGCUACGACAGUACUCUGCCUAUCAUGAUCUCCCCUGCCGCAAUGGCGAAGCUCGGACACCCGUUGGGUGAAGUCAACCUGACCAGGGGCGCUGGUAAUACCGGCCUCAUUCAAUGUAUCUCAUCAUUCGCCUCUUGCUCUAUCGAAGAGGUCACGGAUGCUCGUAAACAGGGCCAGCCACUCUUCUUCCAGCUCUACGUCAACGCCAAACGCGACCUAGCUGAGGCAGUCAUUGAAAAAGUCAACCGCCUCGGGCUCAAUGCUAUCCUCCUGACUGUCGAUGCUCCCGUGGGUGGGAAGCGAGAAAGAGAUAUCCGGUUGAAGGGCGCAUUCGAGCCGCCCAAGACUGGUGCCUAUGAAGAGCACAAGGAUACGAAGGGCGUCAGUGAGGCAAUGUUUGCGGGAGUGGAUCCGAGGUUGAAUUGGGACGAUAUCAAGUGGAUUCGGUCGCAGACAAAACUGCCAUUGUUGAUCAAGGGUAUCCAAACUGUCGAGGACGCGGUGCUUGCUUACAACCAUGGGUGUGACGGGGUCGUCUUGUCCAACCAUGGUGGUCGCCAACUCGACACGACCUCAACAGGCCUCGAAACCCUCCUUGAAAUCCGCAAAUACGCCCCCCAACUUCUCCGCCCGCAAUUCCGAGGUCCCACUGAGCGCAAAUUCGAGAUUUGGGUGGACGGUGGUAUAUGGAGAGGGAGUGAUGCUGUGAAGGCGCUCUGUUUGGGGGCGAAUGCGGUGGGUUCGGGUAGAGGGUUCUUGUAUGCCAAUGCCGUUGGCGGACAGCAGGGUGUCGAACAUGCUGUGAACAUCUUCUCUGCCGAAAUCUUGUUGACUAUGAGGCUUCUGGGAGCAACAAAAGUGUCCGAUCUGGUACCCAGUAUGGUAAACAUCAAAGAAUAG